CUGAGCUGUGCUAACAACAAGUUCCUGAGCAGACGGGUGUACUUCUCGGUGCACAGACUCUGAACUGUGGAUACAUUUUUUAUCCUGGACCCGACAAACCAGACCUCUUUCCUCUAGGGACUUUGGAAGGUUGAUCUAAAUCUUCUUACUUCUACAUUCUUUAUUCCUUUGGAAUAUUAUUUUUCUAUCCAUUUGAUAUUUUUGUUCACCAGGAUGCUUAGCCCUGUUACUAUGCAGCAGAUCAUUUGCACCCUGUUUGUGCUCGGCAGCGCUGCAGUGAUGGCAGACAGUGAGUGCCCGGCUGAGUGCUCCUGCCCCCCCUCACCCCAGCCGUGCCCGCCGGGCGUCAGCUGGGUGACCGACCACUGUGGCUGCUGUAAAGUUUGUGCUAGGCAGUUCAACGAGGACUGCAGUGCCACCGAGCCCUGCGAUCACAUCAAGGGGCUACGCUGCCAUCUGGGGGCCGGAGGAGACCCUGAGAGAGGACUGUGUCGGGCCGAGGCCCAGGGUUUGCCCUGUGAGUUCAACGGGCGGGUGUACCAGCAUGGCGAGGACUUCCAGCCCAACUGCCAGCACCAGUGCACCUGUAUGGACAGGGUGGUGGGCUGCAUGCCCCUCUGUCCUCGCCAAAUGCCACUGCCCGACUGGCACUGCCCGCGGCCCCGGCUGGCCCGGCCUGAGGGCGGCUGCUGUGAGGGAUGGGUGUGCGACGACAGCAACCACAUCAGUGAGGAGCCAGGCGAGCUGACACACACCUCCCUGCCAGACAGCCAGUCCCUUCCCAACCACAUCAGUGCCCUGCUGCAGGCCCAGCCGCAGCCUCUGCACCCAGCUGCUGCCGGAAGGGCCAUGCUCAGAGAGAUGGUGUCCUUCCCCGUGUCUGAGGUGUUACUCAAAACCAGCUGUUUCCCACAAACCACAGAGUGGACCGAGUGUUCCACCACGUGUGGGAUGGGCAUUUCAAGUCGAGUGAGCAAUGACAACCCAGACUGUCGGCUGCUCAAAGAAACCAGACUGUGCCAGAUUCGGCAAUGUGAGCUGCAGCUCCCUCUAGCUAGCAAGAAGGGGAAGAAGUGUCAGCGAACUGUCCGCCCCCAGGAAGCGGUCAGAAUCACCUUCGCCGGAUGUUCCACUACACAGCGUUACCGCCCUCGCACCUGUGGGAUUUGCACCGAUGACCGCUGCUGCACACCCUCCCUCUCCCGCACCGUGACACUCCGCUUCCACUGCCCCGAUGGAGAGGCCUUCUCCAGGGAAGUCAUGUGGAUCCAGCGCUGCAGCUGUGAUACGAGCUGCAGUGUGCACAGCAGGCCCUCCAGCCCCUCAGUCAGCCUCCACAAUGACAUCCACACCUUCAGGCACUGAGGCUGACUCUUCAUGCCCGGCCCCGGCCUGGCACACUGGGCAAAGACUCUGCACCUCCCCGUGGCCUAGCCCACCACCCCGCUGUCUGUCAGCUGGGUGAGCCCCUUCUGCCCCCCUCCCUAACUAGGCAAUACACUCGCUUGCACUUUAAGCGUCCUGCUACAAUCCACACUAGUGUUACUUCUCCUGUGCAGGGCAGCACUGAGGACAACACACUGCAGUAUGCUGUGUGUUAGACUGUCGGCAGAAAGCUUUUACUGAAACUUAUUUUAUUUCAUUUGAAUGUGUCCUCUCCAUGUGACGGUCUGCCAUACAGAAAGGUUGUGUAGACCAGUAUAAGGGAACAUUUAUGACAAGUGACGGAAAUUAUGGACAUGCAUUUUGAAUAAUGAGGAAGAACUAGAUGACGUAUUAAUUAGUGACUAUAGGGGCUAUGUUUUCUUUAUUACCUGUCCUUUGUGAUACGCUUGUAUUGAUCUUGGCAUUGAGUGUGUAUGUGUGUGUGUGUAGGUGAAAGUGUCUUUUUGAAGGAUGACAAACUUUCACAAGUGAGAGUUUACAGAGAAUGUGCUCAUUAUGCUUCUACAGUAUAUUGAUCAAAGCAUAUAGUGUACAUGGACUUCACUCUUAGUAGUGGAGUGGUAAAUACUAGGAUCACCUCAUUUUUCGGGGUGUGAUUUUAUAUUUUAUUUUUGUGUGUGUGUCCUUCACUGUGUACAUACAAUGUUUUAUUUCAAGGAGUGAAAUGAUGCUAUAUAUUUAAGACAUGUAACACAUGUUCAUAGAAUGUUAAAUAAAAAUGUAUC